AUGGCAGUCAACAUAUUAGGCAAACUGACCGCCAGUAGUAAUACCGUGGUUCCGUCGAGGCCGAAAAGGGUGAAUAGGAAGAAGAAUGACAAUGUCUAUGAGUUCAUCGACUACGUCACUUCGGUCGCCCAGAGGAAGGUGCAGCGGAGUUAUGAGAUGGAGAGGCGUCUGAUCUCUGACCCGACUUUCCGGAAUAACUACAGCAUGAGGAGCUUGGUUGCCCGGCAAUACUAUAGGGGAUACGGUUUAUGUAAGAAAUUGUUGGACGAUGAGAAAAUACUGGGAUGUUUGACGAUAGUGGGCCGUUUAGAACUUGGGAUAUUUGUUUAUUGGCUGCUGGCUAAGAGUCUAGUCAAGAAGAAGCACUUUGUGGAGGCUGCCUCCAUAUUUGACAGGAUAGUGCGUUUGCUAACCGUUUUGGUUAGACAUGAUUCUGCUAAGGCCGACGGCCUUGGUAAGGACGGUGGUCUGGCCAGAAACGGCGACCUGGCCGCACACCGUCUGAGUAAAGACGUUGUCGAGCUCAGCAGUCCCGACAAAGGCCCAGGGGAGGACGGCGAUACUGUUGCGCUUGUGGCCCUGGGGGGAGGCUUGCACCAGAGAGAGAACUCGUCGCGACAGACCGAGCAAAGACAGUUGUUGAACAUGAUACUUGAUGACCUGAUGCUGUGCAAAAGCAAUGUGGGCGAGGCCAGCACUGUGACAGGGGGCAGUAGCAGCGAUGGCGGCGCCGAUAAGCGGGGCGACCAACGGGCGAUAAAGGUGAAGGUAGCCAUUGAGACUCUGGAGGAGUUGUAUGCGCACGCGAACCAGCACUUCGAGAACGCGCAGAUGCCCAACAUUCAAGAUUUCGGCUUCCCAUUGGCUGACGCGUGCUUUGACCACAUCGGCGAAGUCAUGACUCUCGAACAACUAGACAUCGUUCUGCGGCAGACUCUCGAACAACGGUCCAAUCCUCCACCCAGUCUCGAGGGCCUCCUGGGCGACCUGUCCGCAACGUCGGCGCCACUCAUGAGUUCGGAACUCUGCAGACUCAGCCUUGCCCUCCUCCUCGUCCGAGAUCUUCUUGAUGCCCAUAGAGAAACCGUCUUGUCCAUCCUUCAAAGUCUUGAACCCAUGGUCAUAUCCAAUCUGUUAUUCCAAAACAGACAAGCGGUUGACCGAAUCACUGAACGAUUCACUCUUGAAACUACCGUCAAACGGAUCAAGGAUGCUCGCCAAUAUCUUUCUCACAAAUUUACCAAGUUGACCAGUUGGGUGGAUAUGCCUAAAGUGUCUUUGAUGCUACAGAAUCUGGAAUCAACGUACAUAUCGCUGCUGCUGUUGUGUCAUAACCAGUGCCAUCAGGCUUACGCGGUUGCUAAGCUGGUAUGUCAGAGAACGGCAGGUCCGUUGAAGCUUCGUCCGGCGCGCUUCCGGCCCUCAUUGGCAAGCUCAACGGAAGAGUUUUUGAAGUUGUUAGAGAAAGCUGAUAUGGAGAGUCCUACUGGCGAGGUCAGGGCUCUUUGCUUGCUGGCAUGUCUUACGAAGCCGGCUGAAGAUAGUUCCCGACCUGAUCCGUGGUCGACUCCCGAGUUUAGACCACGCGUGGGAAGAGGAGCCCCGGUUUCCUACCAAACCGCGGGUGUACCUCAACCAUUCAGCUCAACGAAAAAGGAAGAUGACAUCACUUAUAGACUAGGUAAUAUAGAGCGUGUGGGUGAUAGAGAACAUCUCGAGGAAACACCCGCACAACAGUUCGCAAGAAAAAGAUCAGAUGGAGACUCCCUUGACGAAGUGCGCAACCUGCUCGAGCCUGUAUUCGGGUACAAACUGCCUUGCGCUGCGCCUCCAAUAAGAUUUGAUCUUGAUCCUUAUGCUGUGGACAUGGAGAAGGCGUUGAAGGGAGUAAAAAAGGCAACCGGGUCAUAG